AUGUCCAACUACUUUAUUCCUGACCUCGUUAGCGACAAGGCGCCCUUCCGAACAAAGAAUCACUUUUUUGGGGGCCGCGGCAAUUGCUUUUGGACAUGCUUCUCAAAUUCAGACCGGUACCUCAACCGUCAAAAAGGCUUGCUUCGAGAACAGUAUGAUGCCACCGCUGACAAGACAGUCUUUGACCGUUACAACGUGGGGUUCGUCAACCUUGUUCCCAGACCGACGACCACGUCCAAGCAACUUGAAGCGGACGAAAUCGCCGAAGGUGUUCGCCACACCACCAAUAAAAUCAAACGAUUCCGGCCAAAAGUCCAUCCACCUCUGCCACCACCUCCACCUCGACCCUAA